AUGUCUGAAGAGCAAGAUAAGGUUCAAAAAUUAAAAGAGGAUGGAAACAAUUGUGUCCGACAGCAAAAAUAUCCUGAAGCAAUGUUUCAUUACACUCAUGCAAUUAAAAUAGAUCCUAGCAAUUACUCUUUGUACAGCAACCGGUCUUUUGUGUUUUUAAAAAUGCAGCAGUAUCAUUUUGCAAUGGAAGAUGCAAUGAUGACCAUAAAAUUAAAGCCAGAUUGGACUAAGGGCUAUUAUCGCAAAGCAGAAGUUGAAUUUCAUACAUUUAGAUUCGGCGACGCGUUGCAUUCUUACAGACAAGCAUUAUCUUUGCAACCAAACGAUCCAGAUAUAAUGGAAGCUAUUAACAAAGCAUCUAGAUCAUUAAUCAAAGACCAAAGAGCUGACCAACAAAUUCCGUGGCUCGGAGCUGGAAUCGGAAUUAUUUUAGGCGUAAUAGUUGUCAUAGCUGAUUAUGUGUUCACCAAUAAGCCGACUUUGACCCACCCGCUACUGAUGGCGCUGCUGACGAUAUCAAUAGCGAUGAUCGGGUUUGGAAUCGCCAAAGGGUUCAGAUACUUUGUUAAAUGUCAGAGAAAAUCUUUGCUAGAACCGCCGUUUGACUUGCUCGAUGAGAAUACCAAGCAAGAUGAUAAGAGCGAAGAGGCUGACAAGCAGAGCGACAAGCAUCCAAAGUACAGCAAGGCGCAGGCGCGUCAGCGGUUCAAGAAAGGCAAAACGUAG